GAAAGAAAAAAAGAAGAAAGAAAUUUUUUCGAGACAACUCAAGAGAGAUUCUGCAAAGAAAAUUAUCAAAAUCUUUGAACAAAAUUUACUAUCGUUAAAGUCUGCAAAUGCAGCGAAGUGUAAACAUGAAUAUGUUUCAACAACAACAGCAGCAGUUGAAUUCAUCUCUUUAUACAACACCAUACUACUUUGGGAAUAAUGGAAGCCAAUUAACUGAUCUCGAUUUGUUGUAUCCUUUUGAUGAUACAGUUGAGGGUGCAGUUCCAGACAAUUACAGCGACCUUUAUUGUCAGAGUGUCUCCUAUCAAAACAUAUCGUAUAUCAAUGUAUCGUGCGAUGCAACUUUAGAGUUUUCAGUUCCACUUUAUGGCAUUAUUGCUCCAAUCUUCAUGUUCAUCACUCUUAUUGCCAACUCGGCAAUUGUCGUUGUACUGUCAAAAAAGAACAUGCAAACACCCACAAAUGCUGUGCUUCUAGGAAUGGCGAUUUGUGACUUUCUUACAAUUUUAUUCCCAGCACCAGGCUUUAUUUAUAUGUACACAUUGAGAAAUCACGGACGACCUUUAGGCCCUGUCAGCCUUUGUUACAUAUACUAUUUCUUCAAUGAAACGCUUCCGUCACUUUUCCACACAGCAAGCAUUUGGUUAACAGUUGCCCUUGCUUUUCAAAGGUACAUUUAUGUGUGUCAUGCGCCACUAGCUAGGAUCUUCCUUACAAUGCCAAAGGUGCGACGUAGUAUAUUUUAUAUAAUCAUUGCUGCUGUAAUUCAUCAGAGUACGCGUUUUCUUGACACAGUUCAUAUGCCUGUGGAAACGAUAUGGGAAGGUGAAGAUUACAUCGUUUGUCAUCAAAAACUCGCCGACUGGGUAGGAGACUACAUAGGAGAAGAUUAUUACUUCACGUUUUAUUUCAUGUUUCGUGUUAUAUUUGUACAUCUUCUACCAUGCAUAAUGCUCAUUCUUCUGAAUAUUCUCUUGUUUCGAGCAAUGAGAUUAGCACAGCAGAAAAGACAAAAACUCUUUGACAAGUGCUAUAAGAAGUCAAAAAGAGCGAAUAACAAAAACUGUACAACAUUAAUGCUGAUAAUUGUUGUUUCAGUGUUUUUAAUCGUAGAAGUGCCAUUAGCAAUUAUCACGGCACUUCAUGUGAUUAGCUCGUUGUUCAUCAACUUUCUAGAUUAUCGAAUAGCUAACAUUUGCAUAUUAUUUGCAAAUUUCUUUAUUAUUCUUUCAUAUCCGGUGAAUUUUGCGCUUUAUUGUGGCAUGAGUCGACAGUUUCGUGAAACAUUUAAAGAGAUAUUUUGGAGACAAUCUUUAACGGUUAAUGGGAAUAAUGAGACAACUAUUAUGGGUGGAAGUCGUAAACAAAAUGAGAUGAGUUCAAGAUAUUCGCUAGUGAACGUCAAUGGCCCAAGGACGAGUACAUCCAAUGAGACUGUUUUAUAA